AUGGUAUGGGAGGUAAAGGAGCUGCGUCACUGGAUGUGCCAGUGGAGCGCCAUCAACGACAGCAUUAUCCGGUUCUCCAAGAUCUCCCAUGCACUGCACCCGUUUGCUCUUCCAAGCAGUAGCAGCAAAAGUGGCGGAGACGCAACAAUAGCAGGGGCACCAGCAGAGCGAGAUAAGGGGGAGGAGACACGGGGAGCCGAGGCACCUGUGGAACCACAACUGGAAGAGGAAACAGGAAAAAUAUCCGCCGAGGCUGCAGAGGCUCUCAGCAUAUCAGUGCUGUACGCGCGCGUGUAUUCUAUGUUAUCCACCUACAGUAAGGUGGAGUACUGGUCGAACGCUGUGGUGCUGCAGCACCUCCUCGCCUCCUCCAUUCAUGCGUGGGUGGAGCAGCUUUGUGCGUGCAGUGGUGGCCGGCUGCGCGUAUGCCCCGACAUUGCGACAGAGGAGCUGGCGCCGCCGUGUCUCUCGUGGACAUCCGCUGUCAUGGACAACGUGUGGGAGGAGGCACUGCAGGCCAACUGCGAGCCGUGGAGGAAGUCGACGCGGGACGUGGCUGUGGCAGCGAGGCGCACUGUUGCUGCAUCUUCCGCGCCCAUGCCAGCGACAUCGCAUAAUGAUGAGAAUAACGGUGUUCCCCUUGCAAUAGAAAACGAGGUGGAGAAAGAAGAUACCGCGGCUCUGCAUGCCGUUGUUAGUUUUGCCAUGCAUUAUCAUCGUAUGCGCUGGCUUCUGAAGGUUGUCUUUCUGCGUGUGGAUGUUGAGAUGAAUGACAUUGCAUGGCGUAUUCUGCGGAGUUGCGUGUGUGCGACGUUGGCCUACAACAGUGCGACGAUACAGAGUGUGCUGUGCCGCGCCGCAGAGCGCUGCGUGAGGAGCUCCAUAGACGGCGGUGCCAAUCCGCUGGGGCCCCCUGGGGCAGUCGUGUCAGGGGCGCUGCAGGACAGCGACGUGUGCCUCGUCUCACGUGUGCUGGCGAUGCUGGAUGACUGCCGCGCGCAGGACAUCACCCGCGGCGUCACCGAAAGCGUCGAGCGGCUCGUGCAGCAGCAGGGCUUCACACUGGCGUGCGCGCGGCUGGCGCCACUUAGCGAGUCGCGCACCACUGAGCGCGUACCCACUCUGCACGACGCCUCAGCGGCGCUGCAGGACUGCAUGCACACACUCCGGCGGCUGCGCUCUGCGACACUGUUGUACUUCGGCGGCACGUCGCACUACAUCGACGAGGUGUCGGAGCUCGGCCGCGAGCGCGCCGCGUUGGCGGCACGCGCCUUCACCGUGGGCUUCUGUCACGGCAGUGUCCUGUUGAACUUCGUGGAUGCGUGGGCCCUGCCACUCUGGCAGCGUGCCUGUGAUGAGGAGCAUGAACGUCUCUUUUGCGCCACCAUACAGGCGGGUCUGCCGCGCACCCCAGGCACCGGCUCCGACAAUAACAACAGCAACUGUGAUGACGAUGAUGGUGCCCGCAGCUCUGUUGUAUUUCGUUCCUUCGACGAGGCACUCUCACAGUUGGGGGAGAUAGGGGGCAGUGGUGGCGGUGGCGACAGCCUCAGCAACAAUUAUAACAGCAGCAGCAACUAUGGGGUGUUGCCACGGCCUGGGCUCGCGACGCUCAUCUUCUUCCUUAGCCCCGAGGCAAAGCUGCUCGCCGAGUUCGAGGCGCACUUUGCAGCAGCGGUGCAGCGGCACCUAGAGAGUCUCCUCGCGGUGGCGCACAACGGCGAGGUGGCACUGCGCUCCCUCCCACGUGACGUGUACCAGCGCUGUGUGUUCUUUAUCAAAAUGACAAACCACCUCCUAGGACCUAUUGUCGCGGCUGGCUGUGACAGCGCUUACGCAGCACUGCGUGCGGUGCGAAAGGGUAUGCAAUCUUUCUUUGUUGGGCGCGAGCCUUGUGUGAUUCUCACACUCGCGAGUGCGCUCCACACGCAGGUUGUUGGGGAGCCUGCUGCUGCUGCUGCUGCUAGCAGCAACCAGGGCGGCGACAGCAAUAUCGGUUGUAGUAGUGGUGGUAGUUCCCACCUUGAGAUCCUGGAUACGAUCCUGGAGCUCGUGUCCCUCCUCCACUCGAAGGACCUCUUCGUCGAUUGCUACUGCGGGCUGUUGGCACCGCGGCUCAUGGCGAUGCAGCGGGUAGGCGAGUUGGAUGUGGACACGGAGGUGAUAUCUCGACUUGCGGUACGCCUGGGGGAGUCUCUCGCGGCGGAGCCGCUGGCGCUGCUGCGCGACGUGCGUACGAGUAUGGCGGACCCGCGCUGUACCAUGGUGGGGACGGAUGAGGCGCAGCAGUUCGGUAUCAUCCGUCAGGUGCGGGUGUUGUGCAGUGCGCGGUGGAAGCGGUACGUCACCGUGACGGUGACGCUCUCGGAGAUGCAGCACUCCUUCGAGCGCGAACGGUGGUUCGACACGGCGAUGCUCCAAGCCCUACACGCCUUCGAGGACCGCUACGGCGGCUCACGGAAGAGCAGACACAGCAGUCCAAGCAGCGGCAGCGGGCGUGAAGUUCCCUCCCCCAGCGACCGUAGCGGUGUUUUCUUCGCCCAUAGUGGUCGCCUCGGUAACUACGAUGAUGGCGGCAACAAUAGUGGCAACGGAAAUGACAUCAGCAUCCCCAACGUGAAUGACGGCGAGGUGGACGCUGUGCGCGGUUUGCCACACACCUCGGGUGAUGCCGAUUCUGUGGCACCACCCGCAGCGGUCGUGCAGGCGGUGCAGCGGCGGCAACUCACAUGGUCGCUUGGCAGCGGCGCACUCACCGUCGUCUGCCACGCCGCUUCGCCGGAGGAGUGCACAGCCACCACAAGUGUACAGGUGUUGCUGCCGCCUGUUGGUCUGUUACUUUUGCAGGCGUUGCAGCGCCACGGCGAACGGGAUUGCUGCAGCUUCGAUUUCCUGCAUGGCUGCCUACCUGUGGCGGUGCCGAAGCCGCUGCUGGGCUCCGUGCUGAGCAGCCUUGUGCGUCACCGCGUCGUUCGCCGCUCACCGCCACCCGCUGCCGGUGCUGGCAUGUGUGCGACGUACAGCCUGCCGCCAUCCUUUGCCACGUGCAGGCGGCGGCGCGUCGUGGUGGCGGCUGCACCGGACGCGACGCACCACUGGGUGCCGCACGCGCAAGAGGCUGCCGGCGACCGGGCAGUGGUGAGUGACAUCGUUGAUGCGGAGCGGAUGAAAAAGCUCGAGGCGGGCAUCGUGCGCGUCAUGAAAUCGCGCCGCUGCCUCUCGCACGCGGAGCUGCUCGCCACAGUGGCGCAGAACAUGGUGACGCGGUUCGUCGUUACGGCGCCGAUGCUGAAGCGCUGUGUAGCACAGCUGAUCGAGCGGGAGUUCAUUGCACGGGAGGGCCGCGACACGUACGUCUACCUCGCGUGA